GUCUCGCGGGAUCCCGUAGCCGGGGCGCGGGCGGGGGGAGCCGCCGCCAUGACGUCCGCCUUGGAGAACUACAUCAACCGCACUGUUGCUGUAAUUACCUCGGAUGGAAGGAUGAUAGUGGGAACUCUCAAAGGUUUUGAUCAAACCAUUAACUUGAUUUUGGAUGAAAGCCAUGAACGCGUAUUCAGUUCUUCACAAGGAGUUGAACAAGUAGUGUUGGGUUUAUACAUUGUCAGAGGAGAUAAUGUUGCUGUCAUUGGUGAAAUUGAUGAGGAGACAGAUUCAGCACUUGAUCUUGGAAAUAUUCGUGCAGAACCUUUGAACUCAGUUGUACACUGAAGAAUAAAAGCACAUGGUGCACAAGGACUUUGUAAAUCUUUGGCUGUACAGGACUAUUUAAAGAACAGCAUGAAGAAUUUUUGUAAUACAAGUUAUUACAACUAUGUAAUAACUUGGUCUAUGCUUUUUUAUUAUGAAUGUGUUGUGGUUUGACAUAAAUUAAAUUUUCUACAUUU